AUGUCAUUAAGUGAAACCUUGGCGAAUAUUUACCUCUAUGAUUGGCGAAAGUCCAUACUCAACCAAUUUGAAUAUAAGCAAGAACUCAUCGGAAGACACAAAGAUCACAUCUUUUUCACUUGGAAUAAAUCUUCCAACAUACUCCAAAUGCAUCUAGAAUCGUUACAAAAACAACAUCCCAGUGUUAAGUUUCGACUAUCCAUUGGGCCAGAUGUCCAUUAUUGGAAUGCUUACAUUGAAAACCGAAGGGAUCAAACCAGCAAUGACACAUUUCGUCGACGAUGGUUCGACUUGUUCGAGUUACAGAGUCAACGCAUGGAAAAACUCCAACAGCUAGACGCUAACAAGAAAGUGGCUCGUUUCAGUUAUUACUAUGAUUAUGGCCCACGAUGUGAAUUCAACCAAUACUUUCGUGAACUAUGGUCAAAACAAAAAACAACUGAAUAUACCAUUGAUACAGAACACGAUUGCGUUACGCGUGAAGCAGCAUUAAUUCAAGUUGAAUUCAUACGGCGACAAUCCAUUGUUCUGUUGAUCGAAGUUUGUCAUCUACCACCUGCAUCAACAGUGACAUUUUGGUUGAUUAAAUCACUUCUCAAGAUAAUUUUGGGCCCAUCUAAUAUCAUCUAUUCAUGGGGCAACGCUGAACACGAACUAAGUCUAUUUAUUGAUUAUGAGCUCUUUUCCUGGUCGAUUCUUUAUCAAAUGAAGAACAUUGAUAUACAGACUGCCUUUGAAACAUGGUAUCACAAUCAGUACUCCCAUGAUUGCGAUCUUCGUCCAUAUGAAGAUGCUCGUGAAUUGUAUCAAUGUACACUUCGACCAGCGAAACACAAACACAAUCAAUGGUCACUUCAGAAGGCAAUUGCUUACGCAUUUGACGAAUUUCUGGACAAGAGUCAUAGUGAAAGCAAAUGGCGUCAAUCACUAACAAGUAGUAAUCAAACAACGCAGGGCAUUUGCCAUGAACUGAUUCGUUACGCUGCCAGUGACUGUUUAGCUAUUACUAAAUUACGGUUGUUAGUUAUUUGUAACUGGAAACACGAACAAUUGGACAGACAUAAGCGAAGCAAAUGA